UUAAGAUGGAAGCCAUUGGUAGUCGAUGGUAUCUUCAACUGGCUUGCUUGCUGAUGAUGGGCACAGUUUGCGUGCAACCAAGUUUUUACAAAGGUAAUCCAAACAGUGCACACCCCUGGAGUGUAGAUGAGGCAAUCGAUCAUCAGUGCUGGGGGCGAUCAUCAUUCCGUCUCAUCGAGUUGAAGAAGUUAAAAGUAACCACAGUUAGAGAGCUUUGGGACUUCAUGCAGUUCCUUAAAGAAUCAGAGAAUCUCAAGUACCAAACCCUCUUCCUAGAUCUAGCCCAGCUUUUUUGGGAUAUGUAUGUAGACUGUGUAUUAUCAAGUACCCACGGACUGGGCAGAAGGCAAGCACUGCCCAUGAGAUAUGCUUUGAAAAACGCUCUGAAAACUUCAACAGAUGCUGUAGAUUUUGCACACAUUCUGCAGCUGUGAUGCUUACAGAAGACUGAAAAUGAAGAUGCCCUACGUCAGUCACUUCUACAGAGCUAUGCCAUCAUCUAAGGAAUGUUGUCUGCUGUGAUGGAGAAAAGAAACUCAUAUAUACAGUAUGCUGUUAGUCAUGUGAAAAUAGAUUAAUGUAUGCUGUCUUAAAGUAUCCAUAUCAACACUGCACAGUUAACCAGACAUUCACUAUACCAUAGUUGCUAUCUAAAUGCUGGCAAAUCAAGAAUGAUAUUUACUGUGAAUGUGUAAAUGAAAUGUAAUGUUAAAAUCUGAGUUUUCUGUAUCUUGGAACAUCCUUAAUGUUCUCUCAGGUUAGCCUGCAAAUUCAAAAAUACACAUAUAUAUUUAUAACUGAGCUAGUUGCAGACAAUUUUCUGUGGAUAGCAAUGCUUUAUAAUCUUUUCAAAGCCUUCAGCAGAACCAAUGUAUUUUUAUAACUUAUCUAAUGCAAAAGUAGCAAGUAUAUUUUGUACAAAAGUUUGCAUGUAGCAGCUUCCUUUUCUAUAACUUAUGAACAUAGUAACUCAGUUAUGUAGGUUCGGUCAGCAAGAAUUCACAGAUACUGUAUAUUAUUCUGUUAAACAAAUCUGUCCUUAAACAUACCAUGACAGAUGGAUCUGUGCUGCUUUUUCACAAUGUAUUUUGGCAAAGCACCUUGUUAUAUAGAUAUAUACAACAAUAAAAUUAUUUUUUCUAUGCAAUAACUAUAGCAUUAUCAUUUUGAAUAAAACUCAUAUACAUACACCCUGCAAGUACAAUUAAA